UAUUGAAAUCGUAUGACAUGAUGACAAAUAAUCUAAUUUGACAAAUGGCGUUCAAAGAUGACAAUUGAGUGUAUCUGUUAGCAGAAAAGUUAGUGUUUCUAAACUAAAUCGGAAUAAAUGAAGUCGGAAAAAUGAUUUAAAACGUGAUUAUGUGCGAUCUAUCUUACGGGAAAUCGAGCUCGGCUGGAGAAUUAUUAAAUUGCAACGAAAUGACUCUUGAAAACGGUGUUCAGGAACACUCUUCUCUUAAAAGGUCUUUUACGUUACCUAGAAAUCCUUUUAAUUCGAGCAGGAUGUCAAAAAGAAGGCCAAAAGCGAACGAAAACGAAUCCGAUAUUAAAAUUGUGAACGGGGAUGCUGAUAAAACCAAUAAGAAAGUUUUUAGGCGUCCCUCCAUAAGAAAGUUUAUUAAUAAAAUUGCUCAGCAUAUUAGUGGUGUCCCAGGGAUAAAUCAAAAUCUUGAAAAUAAUCGAGUACCACCAGUGGGUUUUCAAACGUGGGGCCCUGAUGAUACUCCAGGUGUAACGGGCUUAAAAAAUCACGGGAAUACGUGUUUUAUAAAUGCAGUGCUCCAGUGCAUAUCUCAUACAGAUGUGUUGGCUGAAUAUUUUGUAUUAGACAAAUAUAAAAUUGAUUUAUCUAAACGUAACAAAUUAAAUUCCAAAAAAUUUGGUACUAAAGGUGAAGUAACAGAACAGUUGGCAUUGUUAUUAAAAGCAUUGUGGGCUUGCCAAUAUAGUCCCGAAUUAAGCACAAAUUUUAAGCAAGUUGUGGAAAGACACGGUUCCCAAUAUAAAGGAAAUCAACAGCACGAUGCAUUAGAAUUUCUACAGUGGUUAUUGGAUAAGGUCCAUGAAGACUUGAACACUGCAUCUAAGAAAAAAUAUAAGAGUAUUAAGACAUCUGGAAGGUCCGAUGAAGUGAUAGCUGCGGAAACAUUGGAGAACUACAAGCGGUGUAACAAUUCGUUCAUACAGGGUAUUUUUCAAGCUCAAUACCGUUCGUCUUUGAGUUGUUCGAGAUGUCGGACGCAAUCGAAUACCUUCGAUCCAUUUCAGUGCAUAUCCGUUCAAUUGCCACAAUUUCACAAACAAUCAAUUUACGUUACGGUAGUGUACACCUCCCAACAGCCUCGCCAAGUUCGAAUAGGACUCAGCAUCCCAUCCGGAGCGUCGAUAGGUGAGCUGAAGUCCAUCCUGGAAUCGGACACGUCGAUAGAAAAAGAGAACAUGCUUCUCACGGAGAUCGGCGACGGCGGUUUCAUGAGAACGUUCAACGACUCCCAAUCGGUGAACGUCAUCGCCGAAAUCGACUCUAUCUACUGUAUAGAAACUGCCCAGCUGAAGGAAGAUGCGGACGACAUCACCAGUCCCUACGUUUUACUCUGUUGGAUCAAUGUGAUAGCCAUUGGCGGGGACUCUCAGAGGUUCGGGAGUCCGUAUACGAUGCAGGUAUCCCGAGAGACAAACUACGAUGAUCUGCAGAAACUGAUAUUAAAAGAGAUGGCACCGAUUUUGCACGACGAUAUUUUGACGUCAUCCCAAUCUAGAGGGGUGUUUAAAAUGCGAAUAUCCGACCCAGCGUGGAACGAGCCGGAACCGCCCUGCUAUCUGGAACCCGACUUGGAACAUCCUCUCUUCAUGGAAGCUAUAGACCAGGCUUUAGCUCUGUGCAGCGAUGACAGCGGCCCACCACACGUUAAGCUCGUUUUAGAAUGGAUGGAAUGUGCCAAAAGAAUGAUAAUAGCUGAUGAAAGCGACUCAGUGGAGGAACACACCAGCGUAAAGGUGCUCAGGGCGCAAGCUUUACAAGGUGGUGCUCCUUUGACGUUAGAAGAAUGCUUGAGAGAUUAUACUGAAGCCGAAACGCUGACUGAUGCUUGGAGGUGUCCUCGUUGCCAACAAUACCAGCCUGUUGUGAAAACGUUAGACGUGUGGUCUUUACCAGAUAUACUAAUUGUACAUUUUAAGAGGUUCAGACAGCAAGCAGUUAGAGGAGGUAACUCCACCAAACUCACUACCAUGGUCGAUUUUCCCGUGUACGGAUUCGACAUGUCGCCCCAUCUAGCCAGUAAAAGAAGUACCAGUUCCGCCACGCAAAACAGUAUCACCGAUAACGACAGCAUCAUGAACAUGAACAACGGCUGGUCGUCGUGGAAACGUACCAGAAAACAGUCCCAUUCAAACGAUAAUAUGUACGACCUGUACGCAGUCUGCUACCAUCACGGCACCGAUUUAGAAACAGGUCACUAUACGGCCGCUUGUAAAAAUCUCUACGAUCAGAACUGGUACAUGUUCGACGAUGCCAAAGUUGUGAAUUUAAACAAAGACGUCAACGAUGUCAGCCCUCUCCUCGUGAACAACAGCGCGUAUAUCCUCUUCUAUCAGAGACGGAACGGACACUACGUUAAUUCCAGUUCGAAUACCAGUUCCGCGGCCAGUACCAGCUCGGUCAGUUCGGGGAACGACCAUUGGGUGACGAGAAUGCCCAGGUUUAUACCGCCGAAACUUGUUAAACAGCCCGAAAAGACGGUUUCUAUAAAGGAUGACGGUAAAGUACCUGAAAAAGAUGGAGAAAGUAAAAAAGAAAGUAAAACGGAUGAGGUAGUGGCACUGAGAAAUAGUCAGAACACGUUGUACAGCAGUAGAAAGUCGUUAGAAAUUAAAGUUGCCGAGAAUUCGAGGAAUUCACCGACUUUGAGUUUGAACCUUAACAGGUCAACUUCAGAAAUCUCAACCAAACGUCCUGUAUAUACCACCAGCAUAUACAUCAAUUCGACGGGCAACGUCGACAUGCCGUCUUUAAUGUCUCCGCACACGUCUCCGGUUCUGAGUAGUCUCAGAACGGAGGGAGCACGGCUAGAAGGCAUCGAUGUCACUCUACGCGAUAUUCCCACCAAGCACAGAAGCCUUUCCGAGAGAAGCGAUAAGCCUGAGACGUAUACCACCACAGCCGCCAUCCAUAGACAUUCGGAUCUUGGCAAGAACGUAUCCAGAACACAACUGAAUUGGAUGUCUCCCCAGCCCAUGAAGAAAAGUCACCCAUCCCAAGAGUCAGUAUAACAUUAUUUUAAUCCUGUAUUUUUUUGUACAUAAUGUUCUAUUUUAGUCCUUUUUUAUUAUGUCCAAGCUUUCAAACUAACCGAUUGCGUAAAAAGUAUAAUCGGUUUAUUUUCUUUUUAUUAAGUUGGGUUUAAGGAAAAAUAAUUUAUAUAACGAAGUAGUUUAUGUUUGUCAUAUUUUAUCGAAGGCGUUUUUUUUUGUUUUAUUCAGUUUAAUUUAUAUGUGUAAAGUUUAUUUUUUGCAAUAAAGAAGCCUAAAGUCUAAGUAAGUGAUAAGUACAUUUUAGUAUACAAUGUAUUGGCUACAAAGUUAGCUACGGAUUUCUACCUAAACUCUCGAUACUGACAAAUAUUUAAUUUGUUUUAUAUGUUACAGUAGUUAGUUAAUGAUAACAUUUAAAAGGUAAUAUAAUUAACGCAUUUUGUGCCUGUCAAUAGGUAACCUGAUUAAAAGGCUUCAUCCCGUUUCUGCGUAUUUCUAAAAUGGAGACUUCCUUUUAUGAGGUUAUCUAGAAAAGCUGUCUUAAACCUAAAGAUCCUUAAUUAUAAAGCGUAUUUUCUAUGACAUUUGUACUUUUAGUAGUAUUGUAACAUGUAAAACUGGUGCCUUAAAUAUUCAUUAAUUAUUGUUCUGUUACAUCACCAAAAUAAAGAGAUAUCAUUAAAAUAA